AUGCACCCUGCACCGUCAUCCAGGCAUCUAGAAGCUGGGCCCUGCAACCGCGUCGUGCGCCCACCAUCCUACGGCACAAGAUCCGAACACGACUCGCCCUUCGACCACUUUGCUCCUCGUCCCAAGCGCUGGAUCAGCUGGAAAUCCACCCUCAUAUUCGCUGCUGUUGGUGCUGCGCUCGCCUACAAUGAGACUGUUUUCAAUUGGUACCAGUCGUACGUUUCCAUCGACAACCAAGACCCCCAGACCCUCCAGCUCUUGCCAAUGCAAUUGGAGUACAAGUUGAAGAACUUGCCGUUGUACCAGGAGCUCACACACCCUAGGAAUGCUGAACGCUGGUACAAGUUACUGUCGUGGGAGAACUUGGACCGUAAUGUGCUCGAAGGACAGGGACCAGCACAGGUCAAGCACCAGCAGGAGUAUACUGCGCCAUCGUUGACCACACACACGCUCGCGCAACCAGGCGGUAUCUUGAUCAAGCCAGUGAUCUUCCACAACAUCGAGACGGACGAGGGCGUGACCAUCGUGCACUUGGGGUACAAGUUGUGUGGGUAUCCGUUCUUGGUGCACGGAGGCAUGUUGGCCACUUUGCUCAACGAGACCUACAAGCGCAAUGCCAGCUUGUCGCGCGAGUUGUCGCACUUGAAGGACGACUUCAUGGUGGAGAACUUGACCAUCGAGUACAAACGCCCCACCUUGGCCAACCAGUUCUUGGUGGUGCGAACUAACAAGGUGGAAACCGCAGACAAGGUGGUGUACAUGGAGAGCGAGAUUCAGGACAAAAAAGGGCGCACCUUGGUCAAAAGCAGUGCCAGGCUCCGGGACACGGGAAGGGCCAGUGGCCAGAUGAGGGACGGGGCCACCCCCAAGAAGUGGUGGGUGUUUUAG